AUGCUGCGGAACUUGUCUAUUGCAUCGUACUAUCAAAAAUUCGAGGGUAUGCGCUGGUCGCCGUACAUGGAGGAAUGUCUGCAGGUGCUGGCUGAAAAACCGGAAUAUCCCACCGACGAAGUCUUCGUGUACCAGAUCCGACUGCACCUGAUCACUGAAAAGGCGGUUCCCAUCAGUAUACGCAACCGAGAAGUCGAGCAGGUGGAGAAUUUGAGAGGGUCGAUCCUCUACCUGAAAGGACUACAAUCGCAGUUACAGGACGUGAAGAGCAAAAUUCCCCCGCAUUUAGAGAACAACGAGAUCAUAUCGCUCCAGGUCCUGUGUACGGAAGUGGUGGUGAACGAGAUUGCGCUGUCCCGUGCUCCUCUGGUGUCCGUCGGGUCGGACACGGACGAUCAGCGCCUGGACUAUCUCUACGCCUGCCUCCAGGCGAUCAAGGCCUGGUUCGAUGCGUUCUUCCAGUGUCCGCCGUCCGCGUGGUUAGGAUUCUCCGUACUCAUCUUUUCCCAGAUGGCGUAUUGCAUCUUCGCCUUGUACCGACUCUCAACGCUCAACGAUCCUGCGUGGGACACGCGGUUCGUGCGCAGCACGGCUGAUUUCUCGCACAUUCUCGACCGGGUCCUGAGUAAUCUACAGCAUGCUAAGGCCGCGUCGGGAUGGAAGGUCGGCCAGGAAGAGGACGACGCCUUGGCCAAGACGACCAAGCUGAUCGGCGCUCUCAAAUCCUGGUGGGAAUUCAGACGCGAUGCGGAGUCGGUGCGAAACAGCGGCCCGGUUGGAGAGACUACUGCGGCCGCAGAGCAGCAGUUCCCGACGUCAGGGAUCUUUUCUUUCUUUGACGAGGCUGAUCCUUUUCUGAGAGAGAUUCUUGGACUGUGGGAUUUAUAG